AUGGUCUGCCAAGCCAAGUUGCCCAUCAGCUUUUCGAAGACGAACGACUAUUCCACGACCAUCUCGACGAACCGGAUUCGGAGGCAUACAAGCUCUUUCAGUCAUCCGAAGCUCUCCCGAACUUACACUCUGAAGAUCACGAUGCAAUUUACUGUUGCGAAGAAGAGUAUCAAGCUAGUCAAAGACUGUCCAGUGAUUGUUGUACCUGCCCCACACGAUUUGCAGCCGCAGCAAGUCAUUGCGGGGCCAUCCAGAAUAGUGGCGCAUGAUGAAGAGGAAGACCAGUUGCCAAUAUAUGAAGAGGCGCCGUCUUACGAGGACACGACUCAGAAUCUAGCAACGUCAGCGACUCCCGCAUAUUCACGCUGA